AUGGAGGGCGGCCGUUUGGUCGAGGUGGGUCGGGAGGCCUGUUGGUCCCUCUCCAGCGCCAAGCCCGGCUUUGGCAUCGAACAACUCCGCGACGACAACCUCGACACAUACUGGCAGUCGGAUGGCCCGCAGCCGCACACGAUCAGCGUCCAGUGGCACCGGCGGGUCUGCAUCGAGCAAGUGUCGCUCUACCUGUCCUUUGCUCAUGACGAAAGCUACACGCCAUGCCACAUGUCCAUCCGGGUCGGCACCACCUUUCACGAUCUGCGGGACAUCAAGACGGUCGAGAUGGAGGAGCCCAACGGGUGGGUACACAUUCCACUGAGCGACGAGCCAGGGACCGUAUUCGGCCACUUGAUCCAGGUGGCCGUGCUGGCCAAUCACCAGAACGGUCGAGACUCACACGUGCGCCAGGUCAAAGUGUUUGGGCCAUCGCGACAAUCGACUGGGGAUGCUGUGGAGGAGAUUCCGCACUUUGACACCUCUGAUUUCUCCAUGUUCUCCAUCGCACACGCAGCAGCAGGGUAUUGGGGCGCUCCGGAGCCGGAGCCGGAGCAGGACGGAAGCCUGGCCUCUCUGGUCGUCUCUGUUGCGGGAGUGGGGUGCGGCGUGCUGGCUAAAAUCGUCCAGAGCCGCUCCAUCAUCCAGUCGGCGCGCGGCAACGCCCACUACCGAGGCCUGGCCGCGGCGCUGGUCGGUGAUGCGAGCCUGGCCACGCAGGAGGCGAAACAGCUGUGGCGCGAAGACGGCUUGCUCAUGUUUGUCAAGUGGCCAGCCCUGAUGAUCGGGACGACGGCGCUCGGAGUCAGUGAAGAGGACAUCGAGGAAAGGAGCUCCAGUUUCCACAUCAGGAAGGUGGCGUUGGUGGACCGUGUGGUCAAGCGCAAGGACCACUUCUACUCCUCCUGGCUCGCUUCUGCCGCCAUCGGGCCAGUGACGCAUAUCGCGGAUGUUGUGCGCGCCAAUGUGCUGCAUUGGCACAAGGCCACGUUCUUCCCCGACUUCAUGCCGCCUCGCGGCAGCGAUGACCACGGCGACGAUGACAACAUUGGAAGCGAAGGAGAGAACGAGGCGGAGGAGGAUGAAGAGGAAGAGCCAUCAACCGCCCGGCGUAUGGCCUAUGGGGCCAGCACCGCCCUGACCACCAUGUACAUGGCUGCACAGCCUCACGUCUACGGUCCUCUCGGCACUCUCGGGUACCCUGGCGAGACCCCUUACGUGCUGAUGCGCGGGUUGCGUGUGAAACCACUGAAACAGACCAUGGCGGCGAUCUACAGGCAAGAGGGCGUAUGGGGCUUUUUUCACGGCUUGGUGCCCGCAUUCAUUGCCCAGUGUGGCGUGGGUUUCCUUGCCAUAGAGGAAGAAGCCAACACGGGCAAGGCUUCCCUGUAG